AUGCCUACUCUGCACGAACAUGUCCCGGGCGGCUGGCAUGAAGGAGAACAGUUCAUGCACCGCCUCCUGCACUCCAGCCGCCAGGGAAACCCCACGUCGUACGGCCUGCCGGCGCACUACGCCUACCGCGUGCAGGUGUCGGCGCUGGUUGCGUUCGGCACGCUCGACAGCCAGGGCAGGCCGUGGACGACAGUGUGGGGAGGCGAGAGGGGCUUUGCACGGGCCAUUGCGCAGAACGUGUUGGGCGUUCAGACCCUUGUGGAUAGGCGGUUCGAUCCGGUCGUGGAAGCCUUCUUUGGGGGGAAGGAGGAUGGUGAGAUGGUGCGUCCGCUAAGGGAGGGCGAUGAUGCGCAGGUCAUGGCUGGGUUGAGCAUUGACUUGAGUACGCGGGACCGGGUGAAGCUUGCUGGACGGAUGAUUGCCGGGGCAGUCCAGGUCAAUGGGUCCGAGGAGACUACGUCGGGGGAUGAGAAGGAGAGGAAAGAAGAGCAGAAGGGGGCAGCUGAAGUCCAGCUCGCGAUGAUGGUACAAGAAAGCCUGGGCAACUGUCCAAAGUAUCUCAACAAGAAGGAGAUCCGCCCACAUGUACCCUCACCAAGCCUCGUCUCCGAUACUCUCCCACUACCCAUGGAAGCCAUGAAGCUCCUCGCGCGAGCAGACCUCUUCUUCCUGUCCUCCACGAGCGGCGAAACCAUGGACACGAACCACCGCGGCGGGCCCCCAGGCUUCGUGCGCGUCGUGAGCAACUCGGCCAGCGACGGCGUCGUCCUCGUCUACCCAGAGUACUCGGGCAACCAGCUCUACCAGACGCUCGGCAACCUGCACGUGCGCCCGCUCGUCGGCCUCGUGGUGCCCGACUUUGCGUCCGGCGACGCCCUCUACCUCACCGGCGAGACGUCCGUCCUCGUCGGGCGCGACGCCGCCGCCCUGCUCCCGCACUCCAAGCUCGCGGUCAAGAUCACCGUCACGGCGGCGCGCUUCGUCAGGGACUCGCUGCCGUUCCGCGGCGACGUGGUGGACUACAGCCCGUACAACCCGCCUGUGCGACGGCUGGCGAGCGAGCAGGCCGCGCUCGUCGCCCCCUCUGCGGAGGCGGCCUCGGGCCCGCCGGCGACGGCUACGCUGGUCAAGCGGGAAGUGUUGACGCCGAGCAUUGCGCGCUUCACGUUCAAGCUGCGCCCCAGCAGGCCUGGGGCGCUGAAGCAGUGGAAGCCGGGACAGCACAUCACGCUCGACUUCAGCGAGGAGCUCGACAUGGGGUGGUCGCACAUGCGAGACGACGAUCCGAAGAGCCUGAACGACGAUUUCGUGCGCACGUUCACCGUCUCGAAUGCGCCGGGUGUCGGCGCCGAUGUGCGUGACGGCGCGGAGCUGGAGAUCACGGCUCGCAAGAACGGGCCGGCGACGGCGCUGCUGUGGAGGCACAACCUCCGGGUGCCGCUUGAGCUACCGGUAUUUGGCUUCGGCGGUGAGGAGGCAUUCCGGCUACCUACAGGCUCUACCAAGGAUGGCAAGGAGGCAGUAUUCAUAGCCGGGGGCGUGGGUAUCACGCCGGUGCUUGCUCAGGCGUCGGGCAUUGUGGAAGGGGGCAGCCCAUUGACGGUUCUGUGGAGCCUUCGAGCGGAGGACUUGCCCUUGGCUGUUGAUACGUUCAAGAGACUACCAGGGCUGGCGGGCCGAGUCCGGCUGUUUGUGACGGGAAGGAUUGAAGAGAAAGGACAUCAGGCUUCAGAGAGCCUUGAGGCAAUGGGGGCUACUAUUGUGAAGAGAAGGAUCCUCAAGACAGAUGUGAUAGAAGGCUCUGGCAAGCGCAGGAAGUACUACUUGUGCACGGCGCCGGAGAUGUUAAAGGUGCUCACCAGUUGGCUAGAAGGAGAAGAGGUUAUCUGGGAAAGCUUUGAAUAUUGA